CAGUCUUCAACUUUCCUCGCUCAAAUAAACACCGACAAAUUCCCAAUUUAUCUAACUACUCUCAACUUUCGCGCUGGGAAAACUGAAAACCGGAAAAGCACAUUGCCGAUGUCGAUCUGCAGCUCAUCAUCGUCAUCCUCUAGCUCCACAAAAUCAUGGAUCCUUCACAGUUUAGCUGUGGGAGCUGCAGUAGCAGUAGCUCUCGGCGCUCGCUCUUACCUCGCCCGAUCCAGCAAGUUUCGAAGCCGGGUCAUAGGCAUCAUACCCGCCCGUUUUGCUUCUACUCGAUUCCAAGGGAAACCCCUCGUUCAAAUUCUCGGCAAGCCCAUGAUCCAGAGAACAUGGGAAAGGGCAAAGCUUGCUGAGACAUUGGAUCAAGUUGUUGUGGCAACAGAUGAUGAAAAGAUAGCUGAGUGCUGUCGGAGUUUCGGUGCUGAAGUGAUAAUGACUGCUGAAUCAUGUAGAAAUGGAACUGAGCGUUGUACCGAAGCUCUUGAAAAGCUUGGUAAGAAGUAUGACAUUGCUGUUAAUAUACAAGGAGAUGAACCUCUUAUUGAACCUGAAAUAAUAGAUGGUAUUGUCAAAGCCCUGCAGGUAAUUUUCCUUUCUUGUUUUUUCCUUAGUGAUGAUAAGAAUUGUUGUUAUACUCUGGAAUUAGUUUCUUGGAGACUACAGAUAGUCGCUUGUUUUUCCCCUGUAAAAUGUAAAUACACUAGCCAGCUCUCCCCUCUCACUGAUUGUUUAAUUUAUAUUCAGUGUCAGUCAAGCGUUCAAUACAUUUAACCUAUUGCUCCAUAU